AUGCAGUCCAACAAUCAAACUUUCAAACCCUCACCGCUGUCCUUUGGGAGUCCGCGGGCUUCGCCUUUCCGGCGUCCGUCUACGCCCAACUCCCCGCCUGGCUCAGCUCGUACGGGCGGCACGCCAGGAAGCUCACCGAGUCGAGGGUAUACACCAAUGCAAUCGCCGAGCAAGUUGAAUCAAUCGUACACUGUCGAAGAAGAAGAUUCAGUCUCCCCGAGAAAUGAUCCUAUCCCACAGCCCAAGUUUACUCGAGAGCUUCCUCCUUCACCGACCAAAGGAGCGCAGUCGCCUGGAUAUCAAUCGCCAAUAAUCGGAAACCGAUCGCUUGGAACGACCGUUGCGAACGCUGAUGCCUCUUCCAAGCUCCCCGCCAAUCAAAUCAGAGAGAUCCGGGAAGCGUUCCAAGUCCUGGACCAGGACAACGACGGGCUAGUCAACAAAAAUGACGUCGCAGAUGUCUUGUCGAAUCUUGGUCAAGACGCAUCCCCAUCAGCGCUCUCGCGCUUCUUCCCACCUGGCGCAUCUCAAACGAUUAACUUCCCGACCUUCCUGAACACCCUCUCUCAAUUAAUGUCGCCCAUGUCUUCUUCUCAAGAGCUUCUAAACGCCUUGGCUGCAUUCGACGAUGAUGAUAAUGGCCAGAUCGACGUGGCAGAGCUGCGUGAUGCCCUCCUGCACACCCUUCCCGAAGAUGGAGGUGCUUCCUUGACGGAACAACAAAUUGAUGAGGUAUUCAGUGGAUUUACAGGGCGACGGGCUUUUGGAGGGCGGGGUGCAAAGGCGGGAGCAGUGAAGAGGGGCGAGGUCUUCCAGUACCACGACUUUGUCCGAAGUGUGGUGGGCGGAGGGGAGAAUGGCAACAAUGGACGUCGCGAGGCAGGUGCAGCUCAAGCUUGA